UUUGUAUCACAAAAUAAAUAAAAAGUGUAAAAUAAAUAUUUUCGCGUGUUAGUCAGCUGGUCCAGGCAGAAUACAAUGCAGAAACGACGACAAUCCGUGACGUUUGGUGACACCGGAAACAGUAUUACUUUGAAAGAAUCAUCAGAAGAGUCGUCUCCGCUUCAAAUGGUGCCAAAAUUACCGCAAGUUAGUUCAUCAUCGACACUCUUGACGAUUCCCGAGGAAAGCCACAACCACAAAAAUCUUGAAAAUAAUUCAAUCACAAUAAACAAGCCCGAUGUCACGCAUCAUGAAACUUCUGGAUCUCGUCGAGGAUCUCAUUUAUUGCCAUCUCUUCCGUCGUUCCACAAACUUUUCGCCUUCAAACAUGACGGAAACCAUCGGCCUAGUGAUGCAAGUGCUUAUUACACAGAUCGCAAGAACAAAGAACCAGCUGCCAUCGAAGCAAGACGCAAAAAUCGGAGAAAUGCAAAUGAUGCGUUAUCCACGGCGCUAUCCGCGUUAUAUGCUAAAUUCAUCGUUAUCUUGGGCAUUUCAUUGCCGUUAACGCAGAUCUUGUCUCAUCGCUUGUCGUCGGUGUUUUAUCAACUUUUUUAUCUGUUUUUGUACGUGGGAAGUUGUUGUUUCGUCGGGUUUGUUUACUUUUCGCGGAUUCGCAUGAAAUCGAGGAUACCAAUUGAGUCGGGAGCUAAUUCGAAGACGCAUGAGAGAUUUGGGUCGUUUUAUUUGAGAGUUGGCGCAAUGGCGUUCGGGAUCGGAGUGAUGGUUUAUUCGGGAUUGGAGUUUGGGCAGUAUUUUGAAACGAAAUCUGAUUCCAACUGUGAUAGCAUAUUUGUGGCUCUCAUACCUGGCAUGCGGAUGAUCCUGACUCUCACCCAGAUGCAAUUCAUCUUUUUGAACACAAGUGACUUUGACAUGGGCAACCACAAGGUCAUUUCACGCUUUGGCUUGAUGCAUCUUGUAGCUACCAACAUUUGCGAAUGGCUUUUCAUCCUCGUGGAAGAGACAAAACACGAAAUUCAUCACAUAACGCUGCACAAAAUGGAAAAUGUAACUGAUCUUCCGCAUUCGAACGAAGGUUGUGGUCGUACCAAAAUCAUGGGAAGGCUUGUUCAGGAUGUUUCUCCAUUUCUCUAUCCUUGUACCAUCGAAUAUUCGCUCAUUUGUGCCGUAAUUCUGUACGAAAUGUGGAAAAAAGUUAAAAGUUUACCGGAUAUCGAGCGAACAAGACGUGAUUCCAUGAAACCUGUUGAAGUGCGACCCAAAGGCAUUGUUCUCUCGGUUGAUUGUUCCCAUUCGCAUCGUGGCAUCUUCGCUGGCGUCAUAAUUUUCGUCCUUACAAUAAUUUCGAUGAUCAUGUAUUUUGUGCUUUACGACAUGCCCGGUUACGAAGCAGAUGCCAUUCAAGAAGUGUCGAUUUGUGAACUUAUAAUUUACAUUAUCACAAUAGCAGCGAUCGGUUUGGCGAUGUAUUCGAUGCGUGAUGUUAAAUAUUACCUCAAAUUAACGGGACAUCAUUCGAGCAAAGCGAACUUGGAUUGUACGUUACUCGUGGUCGCUCAAUUUGGCGCCUAUAUUUACUCGAUUUUCAGUAUUAUUGGGAAUUAUUUCGCGAUUGAGGAUGAAAUUUACGGAGGUCGAGUGGGAUUUGUCACGGAACUCAUGGGAAUUUUUCAAACGUCGUUGCAAACGUUAUUUAUUCUGAACAGCAGUUGGAGACGAUGUCGAGGAGCGACGCAGAAACGCAAGAAGCCGGGAAGAGAGACGGUUACUUUUUUGCUGAUUGUGAACAUGUGCAUGUGGCUCAUCAAUACGCUGAUCAAGGGAAGGGCGCAAUUUCGCCCGAAACAUUUUGAUUAUUUUGGAGUUUGGGCAUGGACGAUAAUUGUGCAUGUUUCGAUGCCGUUGUCGAUUUUCUAUAGAUUUCAUGCGUCUAUUUGUUUCUUCGAAAUAUGGAAAAAUACGUACAAAAAUAAUAAUUAA